GGAGCGCGCUAGGUGUUGUUAGUGGUGGUUGGAGGUUAUGCUCGCUUUGUAGUGGUUUGUGACUUGUGUUUUGUGAUUUACAAUCAAAUAUCAAUGUUUUAUUGUAUGUAAAGAUUGUUAUAAGCCUCGUUUCAUAUCCACCAACAACCUCUUCGACCGAGCUAGUUCAUUUUUAUGGUCACGUGAUGUGGCUGGAGGUGACCCCUGUCUACUGCGAGGGCCCCCAGGGCACUCCCCUGCGACACUCCGCGUCCUUCUCCUGCCUAAGGGGCGGCGGACCUCGGGUGCGACCUCACCGAGCCCGCACAGCUACCCUACCCUCCGCCACUCUAGAGACCGACUACGGCUUCGUCGCCCACAAGUACAAGUACGGACCAGUCCCCGAGGAAGAGUACGAGGAGGAUGUAGGAAGCAAGAAAGAGUUGAGCUCUAUCAGAGACGUUCUGCUCAAGAAGAGCGCGAGCCUGUUGAGUCCCACGGCUUGGUGGAGUCCUAGAAGGAGAGUGAGGAAGGAUGACCGGUUGGAAGAGGAGGAACAACAACAGAGACGAUGGAGAAGUUUGGGCGCGUUGUUGCGAACCAACGCUCCACAACCUCCGCAGGCGCCAUCGCCUAGAGCGCAGUCCUUCUACCUCCUGGACGACUUCCUCCGUCCCCAACAGAAGGGUCGGAGAGAGAAGGCGACGUCCAGUUCGGACUCGCUGGAGUUGUCGUCGCCCAUGCCACCCCCAGUGCCACCGCCCCCGCCGCCUCUCAGACUGCUGAGGUACCGUCCUCCCUGCGACUGCCUGCAGUGUCGUCGCGACAGGGACAUCGCGCUGCUCAACGAUACGAGUCCUGGCUCGCUUCACCUCAGCAAGGACGUUUUGGCUAAGUUCAACGGCGUCAAAGCUCCUCAGCAAACUCACAAGCUGAGGCAUGGGAUGCCAGCCAAAAAUGGAGCUGAGCUUCCCGCGCUGAAGACUGUGAUCCCUCUGAAGCCCAGCGGCACUCAGACGCUGCCCAAGUCAGAGUCUUCUCGGUCCUCCUCCACUGCCACAACCCCCGUCCUGGCCCCUUCCUUCCCACACCUGAACAACAACAACAAUACGUCCCACAACAACAACAACUCCACCCACAACAACAACAACUCUGGCAGUCCAUCGCCUCAGCGGUUAGACCCACAUGGACGGAGAUUACCACUCACCCCUGUUGAGGCCCUUAAAUACUAUGGGAGUCGGUUGACCGAGUAUGAACGAACGGAGAUUGAGAAGUACCCAGAAGUUUGGUACUUGGGACUUGAUGCUUGCAAGAUACAUGGUGAAGAGGGACUCUCACAGAACGGGGGCUUUGAUGAUGACAACGGAAGUUAUAAUAAGGUUCUACACGACCACGUUUGUUUUCGGUACGAGAUUCUGGAAGUGAUCGGAAAAGGAAGUUUUGGACAAGUUAUACGAGCUCUAGACCACAAGAACAAUACACAUGUCGCUAUUAAGAUUAUUAGGAAUAAGAAGAGGUUUCAUCACCAAGCGCUCAUAGAGGUCAGGAUUCUGGAUCAUCUCCGGAAGAAAGACGCGGAUAGCUCACACAACGUGAUACACAUGUUGGAAUACUUCUACUUUCGUAAUCAUCUGUGCAUCAGCUUCGAGCUUAUGAAUCUCAACUUGUACGAGCUGAUCAAGAAGAACAAUUACCAAGGGUUUAGCCUGAGCUUGAUCCGAAGGUUUGCUCACUCACUUGUACAAUGCCUGCGGCUCCUUCACAAGGAGAACAUUAUCCACUGUGAUCUCAAACCCGAAAACGUGUUACUGAAGCAACGAGGCAGCAGUUCAAUCAAAGUAAUAGACUUUGGCAGUUCAUGUUACUCCCAUCAGAGGGUAUACACGUACAUUCAAUCUCGGUUCUACAGAUCUCCAGAAGUAAUUCUUGGUCUUCCUUAUGGCACUCCCAUAGACAUGUGGAGUUUAGGUUGCAUCUUAGCUGAGCUUUACACAGGCUAUCCUCUGUUUCCUGGUGAGAACGAGGUAGAGCAAUUGGCUUGUGUAAUGGAGGUCCUGGGAGUUCCUCCUGAGGACGUCAUCAUGAAUGCUUCACGGCGUCGACUUUUCUUUGACUCUAAGGGAAACCCAAGGUGUAUUACCAACAGCAAAGGUCGCAAGCGAAAGCCAGGAUCCAAGGAUAUUGCUACAGCGAUUCGAUGCAACGACAAACUAUUUGUAGACUUCAUCACCCAGUGUCUCAACUGGGACGCCAAAAAGCGCAUGACACCUGACGACGCGUUGCGGCAUGAGUGGCUGAAGAGUAGCAGCUCGUCUACCAGCAGUGGUACCACUACGGCACCAGUGACAGCCGCACCGCAGCCGCAGUACCGCGUGUAUCGGGCUGGCAAACCUGUGACGUCGACAGGCAAGUCACACCACAGUACGGAGCGAGACCACUCGCACAGUCUGGAUGACUCAGGCACAUUCCUGCCACCCAUACUGUGAGACCCGCGGUCCUGUACAUAGACAAACUGAUCUCAUGAGACAAUCGAGGACAUUGUGUUUCGUGUUACCAGCAAGACUGACAAGAGAGCUUCGUCCGCCUCUGCGGUGGCUGAGGAGAUCGUCGGUGACCAAAUCUUAACUGUUUACUUUGCGUAAACACUCAACCUCUAUAACAAUGACUAGGAAUCCAAAUUUUUUGGAACUUUUACCAUUAAUGUUUGUAAUAGUGUGUUUAAAUUAUACGAGUAAAAUGUUAGUUUUGUGGUGUCACCGGUUUUAUAUGUCGAGUGAUUUGUAAAACGUCUCCUCAAUUACCUCAGAGACGGAGGACUCUGUAUUUAGUCAACUUUACUACCGAUCCUAGAAAAUAUAGUAAUAAGAUUUUCCUACUGAAGUUUGCUUUAAUUUAAUUUGAAGGAGUUUCAUUUGCUUUAAUUUGAAGGAGCCUGUUAAUUUAUGUACUAAUUUAGUCAUAAUUUAUCCUCUUAACAAAUGUGAGUGUUUCACAUCCGUAUUAUUAAGUAUCUUAUCCUAUUUUAAGUUUUUGUAUACUUUUAUGUUAUGCUUUUUUGGUUCUGUUUCUUCCGGUUAUAAAACAUUUUAAAUUUCCUGUAUAUAGAUGCAUCUACUGUAUUUAUCCAAUGUAUUUUAUGUUAGCGUUAAUACUAACACUGGAUAUAUGUGUUGACCCUUUAUAAUCAGAUGUAAACAAAAUGCUCAGAGGGAGAUCCUACUACCACUGAGUUUGUACAGUGUCAUAUAGUUCUCUGUUUUAUGCUCGGUUUGAUUCAUUGUGAAGUUUUUUACGCAACGGGUAGAUUUUUUUGUAAAAAACUAUUUAACUCGUUUUGGUUAAUGUGAGAAUCGAUUAAGGAACUGAGUGCUGUAUAAAUAUUUUAAAUUUUGUAGUUCUAAACAAUUUCCGAGUAAAACUUUUGUCUAUAGUGUUUAUGUAUUUUUAUAUUUUUGUUUUGUUUUCUGGUCUAUGUAGUGGUCAUUCUGAUUCAUGUUCCAAAUAAACAGAAUAAUUAAAAUUGUCUUUCAUUAA